CGUCAACGAGCGUGGCCCCGUGGGCGUGGCGGCCGGCCCCGACGGCGACAUGGCCGGCUCGGGCUCCGGGUCCCCGCACUACAGCCUCCGGUGGAACAACCACCAGAGCCACAUCCUGCACGCGUUCGACACCCUGCUCCAGAGCGAGGCCCUGGUGGACGUGACGCUGGUGUGCGAGGACACGCGGCGCGUGCGCGCGCACAAGGUGGUGCUGUCGGCGUGCAGCCCCUUCUUCGAGAAGAUCUUCGCCGAGACGCCGUGCAAGCACCCCGUCAUCGUCCUCAAGGACAUCCGGUCGUGGGAGCUGCAAGGCAUCGUCGACUUCAUGUACAAGGGCGAGAUCUCGGUGGUGGAGGAGCAGCUGUCGUCGCUCAUCAAGGCGGCCGAGUCGCUGCAGGUGCGGGGGCUCAGCCACCCGGACCAGGUCCCCGCGCAGGCCCGCGGCCACCCCGGUCACCUCUCGGGCGGCCACCCUGCCCACGGCCUCGGGCGGCCGCAGUCGCCGCCGCAGGUGUGCCUAGAGAAGUUCCCCCACUACCCGGGCUCGUACCACAAGGACGACGCCAUGAGCCCUCACAACGGCCCCGGCGCGUCCUCGCCGUACUCGCCGUCGCCGUCGGACAGGGACCGCGACCUCAGGCUGUCCUCGCCGCUCAGGCUGCCCACCAUCCCCCACAUGCCACACAUAUCUUUCACCGACAACCCUCCCACCCCCUCGGGCGACCACUUUUGCUCGUCACCUCUGCCUAGGAGAAAACAGGCGAGACCGCGCAGGAGGUCCGGCGAGAGCGGCGGCGCCCUGAGCGGAGCCCAGCUCGGCCCCCUCGGCGGCUCACAGCCCCAGGACCUGAGCAAGGCCACCUCCUCGCCCACCGCCGAACGCCCGGAACGCUUAGAACGCCCCGACCGUCUGGACCGCCUGGAACGACCCGACCGGAUGGACAGACUCGACAUGGCCGAGAACCUCUCCGUCAAGAGGAGCCGGCCGUCCAGCGUGGGGCUGACGGGCAGCGGAGAGCGGAGCGGCCACUCCUCGCGGCAGACCACCCCCGCACCCCCUACCACGCCCAACGCUAUGCCUCCAAACCUGAAGCACGAAAGUGAAGAAUCUCAGUCGGCCGAUUGUCUGGACAUGUCGACUGACAGAAGAGACUUCCCCAACCACGUUCCCGACCAUCCGCACCCGGGUCUCCUCGGACUCCGACCGGACUCAUCAUUAGACAACCCUGGCUUCCCCAACAUGCCUUCACUCUCGGCUCUGGCACUGACGACUCCUCAGCACGUAUUUCCAUUGGAUUCACAACUAGGACUAUUCCCCGGUAUGGAGGCGUGCCGGAACCCGCUGCUGAACGACAUGCCCAACGACAGGAACGAAAACCACCACCUUCCUGGGGGCGGGUCCAACCCCAACUCGGGUCCCGUGUCUGGAUCUGGUCCCACCACCAGCAGCAAGCGUAGCAAAAGCAAAUGGCAGGACGGCAAGUGUCGACCCAAGGGUCAGCACUCGGCGCCGCGCGGCGGCCCGCCCCGCUCCUGGACCAACGCCGAGCUGACCGAGGCGCUGCAGCACGUGUGGAACAAGAAGAUGACGACGUCGCAAGCGUCGCGCAUCUUCGGCAUUCCCUACAACUCGCUGCUCAUGUACGUGAGGGGCAAGUACGGCAAGUCGCUCAAGCUGGAGCAGCUGCGCAAGGACUGCCAGGGCGGGCCCAUGGGCCCCCUGGACCUCCUGGGGCUGCCGCAGCUCGGCCACAACAACAACCAGAUCACCGCCAAGGAGCAGCACCUGGAGGACAGGCACAGGCUGGACCGGGACAUUGACCGGGACGUGCCCGCCAUGCCAGAGUCUGAUCUCAUCAUGGGGCCCAACUUCAGCCCGUACUCGGGGGCCAACUUCUACCCGGACUUCAGCUCGUUCCCCAUGCCGGUGAGCAUGGUGCACUUGCUGCCGCAGUCCGAGAAGAACCGUCUCAACCAGGCUGGUGCCGGCCAGCUCCCACUCGCCCUCGACUUCGCCAGCUUCCGGGGGGAUAAGGACCUCGACCGGGACCACGAUGACCGGGACAGCGACCGCGACCGGAAGAGGGAGCGCAAGGUGGCGCAGGCGCACCAGGCGAUCCUCAGGGAGCGCGAGCGGGAGCUGCAGCAGCAGCAGAGGGAGAUGCUCCAACGGGAGCUGCUGCAGAGGGAACAGCAGCAGCGGCGGGAGCAGCGGGAGCAGGACCAGGGGGAUCAGCAGCGAGAUCAGCGGGACAGGGAUCCGCCGUCCUCGCCGCGGUCCUCCCAGUCAACGCCGCAGCCCCCCGUCGCACCGGCCACCCCACCCUCGCCCACGCAGGAGAACAACAACACCAACACAGACAAGCUGAUGAAGACCCAAGAGCUGUUGUCCUUCCGAGCGUGUGGUGGGGUCAGCCCUAAGGACGACCCCAUGACGCCCGUGUCUACCCCUCCCCUGGCGACCCUACCCACUAAGCAAGAGCUGGUGGAGUUCAACGGCCAGGAAUAGAAUUGUGGGCAGGAUAAGAAGUAUACCAGGAAGCAACCGCCGCCACGGGACGAUAGACUCAAUAAGUUUGUCCCUGUCUUGAUCUACUAGCAUAUCAGUAGUUUUUCUCUCCCCAAGUACAGUAAAGUAGAGUAGAGGUUCUCCACUCCAUCAGCAGCUUGUGUCGCCCUAUCAGUUCUUUGUUCGACUCGAAUAGGAACAUGAAAUCUGCUUCUUGCUUCAUACUUACUUAUCCUGCACACCUGUAAUGGAGUAACGGGCCGGGUCUCAUGCAGGGUGCAAAGCGAUCAGUGGAUGUGACAUUGUGUAUACUAAAGGGAAAUGCUGCCACAUGUGCCCAUGGCUUGUUCUCUUGUGAUUCUAAGUCAGUGCUGACCUGUUCUUAACCAUGGUGCACCAAGACAUUUCUGUGACACUGUUUCUUUAGUUUUUCCUAUCAAGUGAAGUACUUGUAAGUCCAUUUUAAUUGUAAGGUUGCCCAUUGACAUUGUCAGUGAAUGGACCGUGGGUUAUGUACAUUCCUUGUUCCAAUGAUGUGUUUGGGUAAAAACCAAAAAAUGUCUAUGUGCAUGGAAAUCAUGCUAGUACAUAGUGUAAGGUGAGAACUCUAACGCUGAUAGUAAAUUAUGAUGGAUGUCUCUCUGCUUCAAUUUGUUUGUGUUAUUUGUUAAACAUCACAUUGUACUGUAAGUAUAGAUCCAUUGUUGGUCUUCUUACGCAGCUCGAAUUACUCACAUUUUCUAUCGGUACAUCUUUAAUUAAAUCAUUAUAUGUGAUACGUCAUUGUUUUCUAAUAUUUAUUUAGUUUGAAACUAUUAUCAGCUACGAAGUGGUGAUCUGCAUUUUGCAUUCCAUUGCAAAUUUUCUUGUUCAAUCUCCAGCUCUUUAAUGGAAGCUCUGGUUUAUUUUCAAAUAAAAGAGGCAUCUUAGCCUUCAAGGAAAUUUUAAUUUUUUUGUUUCUUUGCUCUGAUACAACAAAUUUCUAAGAAAGUUUGCAUUAUCUUGCCCUCUUGCUAAAUACUAAGUGUUACAUUCAGUAAGAGUCGAUAUAGUACCUGUGCUUCCUAUGUUUACCACAUUAAAUACAGAGUGUUGAAUUGGAGCAUGUUAUAAUAGUGCUACUAGCCGUCACAGUGCUGCUCUUCUAUGCUAGAGCAGCUUUACAUUUGCCAAUGAUCUUUAGAGAAGACUGACUUCAUUCUUGUUUCGUUUGAAGAAAUGUUUCUUCAUCACCACUUAUGUUUAUUACGAUUAACUACUACAGUUCCUGCAGAGAUUUUAUACCAAAUAUUGCAUAUUCAUGCGUAAGGUUUGUGUUACAAUAGUUGUAAGAAUUUAACCAUAUUUUUAUCCAUAUUAUACAGAAAACAUUUGUUUUGUUAUUCAUCCAUCUAAGAGACGAAAUACACUUUGUACAUCGAUUUUCAUUAAUUUCAAUAGAAGAGUGAAUGGUUCUUUCUCUGAUAUCACCUAACAAUUUUUUUUGUGGGUGUAAAUGUGAUCUUAUUAAUAUUUUAAAUGGUUAUGUGCAGAAAUUUUUCUGUGUUGUUGGAUUGUAGCGUUAGGGCCCAAGGACAUCUCUUAACUAAUAUAUUUUGUAAAUAUUGUUUAUAUAGUACUCUUGCCAUGUGGAAUGAUGUAGUAAAAUUACAUUAAAAAUAGGCAGUUUCUGGUUUUCUGUUUGUUUCAAAGCAUGCACUACUAUCAAUCUAUUGUUCAUAACGAGUAGUGCUUGCUCUAUCCUUUGAUAUAAUUCAAUUAGUCAUGAGACAAAUGAUUAAACUGUUAUUGUGAUGAGCAUUCAAAGACAAAACAUGGAUAAUACUACUUGAAAACAAUCUAGGAGAGAAAGUGCUUUCAACUCUUGUUAUAUAAGAAUCCUAUUCAAUUAAUUGGAGCACAAAGUUCCACUAAAAUAAUUUAAAAACUUAUCAUCCUUGCUAUUGUAUAAUUAUUGUUAUUACUAGCACUUGCAUCAUGUUAAAUUUGGUAUCCUAUUUCAGUGGAUGCAUGAUGUUCAUGGACAAAUUUUCUUUUGCUGGGAGUGUGUGUAGUGGCCUAUAGUGCUCCAUGACUAGAGUAGCGCAAUUUUAAAAAGAAUGAUUUAAGGCCCAUGACUAUCUAAUUGCACUACAAACUUUCAUUACCAUAUUAUUGGCUCUGAGGCAAACUUCUUACCAGUCCCGAUCUCUUCUAUACAUACUUAAUUUACAGGGUAAAAUAUUCAUCAAUGUAUUCACAGUUAACAGAUUAUGAUUGUUACUUUAUAUGCAGAUACCCCCUACAGAGAAAAAUAAUACUGUUAUCAGAUACUAAUAAGCCAGGCUCACCUGCUGUUACCUGAGUGCAGCACACAAGUCCUACAUUUUAUGAAUCUGUGAUUUCUCGAGUUUGUCAUAUAUCAAGCUUUUUGUAUGUUGGUGUUUCACAUUGCUUACAAGUUAUGUCCGAGUGUUUGGACCAAGAUGUAAAUGCGCUCAUGAACCACUCCUACCCUUGUGCUGUGCUCAUAUCACCAUUAAUAAGUCCUAUUUGAUUACAAUUUAUCCAUCCCAAUAAUUUUAUGCUACAGUUCAUAGUAUAAGAUGACAAAGAAAUAAUCUAUUUUACUUGCCUUACCGUACAACUGUUCCUACACAAUCUUCCAUAGUUAAAUAUUUAUCUUCACUUAAUAAUUAAAAGAAAGUCACAUCACCAAACCAAAACCAACAACGUUCCCACAUCUCUGUCUGGUGCAAAGCUGCUUGCAGAAUGUGGAAAAAAAUUAAUCUGCGCAUAAUUUCCAUACUUUUUGUGGCAUAGCAAGUACAUGUUACUUGCGAGAUUAGAUGGUUGGAAGUUUUCAGACAUCUAGUGCCAAUAUUUGUUUUCUUUUGCUUUUAAGGAAGGUUUUCAAAUUAAAGUGGUUGUGUGAUUGUGUUCUGUAUGACAUGAAUACUUCAGUUUCAAUCACUUUCCUCAAAAAUUAAGAAAGAGAUUUGUGCAUUCAGGUUUUCAAGUUGCACUUUUUUUUAAGGGUAUAGUUUAAAGUUCCUUUUUAUGUUUAACAUUUUUUCUUGUUUUAAAAUUGUAAAUGUUUAUUACUCUCAUUGUUUCAAUGUAAAUUUGUUAGGUUUUGAAGUCGUUCCUCAUCUUUUUGUUUUAUGAUUUGGUGAUGGUAAUUGCAAAAAUUGUGUAAUAUGGAUAGUUUAAGAUGCUGCAUCAUUAUAAGCAUAACCGAAAGUGAAACUUGAUUAGUACCUUCCUUUAUGAUACAUUACCAAUGAUUGAAGUGAAUAAUUGAAAUAGUAGUCUUGUUAUUAAUCUUGUACUAUUCUGUAUGUGUCAGUCAAGUAUGCAAAUGAUCAAGAUUAAUUGGGUGCCCAUUAUGAUUUGACCCGGUGAAACUCCCAAUUGAGUGGUUCUACAGGUAUUAAGUAGGUGCUAUCAUUGUAGGGUGGUGGGUGCUAUUCUAGGACUUUACCUACAAAUAUUGGCUGUUAAAUAAUUGCAAUAGUCUGGAUGUAUUACUGGUGCUAUGUUGUAAGUCUGUUCUGAUUGUUAAUGGUUCCUAUUCAUUAAUUAUGCUUUUUAGGUAAAAGCUGUGCUGAUGGUCGUUCAACGGUGCUCUUAAACUGUGAUGUUACAUAUAGCAGUGCACCGAUUUUGUUCAACUACCAGACUUUCCUGAACCACUCACUUGGUAGUCCUUAACACCCUUCAAUUUUGAUUUUACUGUUCAAAGUUUAGAGUAUGCCCCAACAGAUAAGCAUCAAAGUUCAUGUUGUUUUUUUUUGUUAGUUCCUCCAUGUUAUGCAUACGCAUACUCUUGUGUAUAUUUUGUUUAUUUAUUUACAUUCAUGAUGUAAAUGAUAUUCAUUGUGAGGCUGUUUUGUAAGAGGAUUUCCAGUCCUCCGGGGCUUUCCCCUUUAGAUCAUUUGACUGUAUCUUGGGACAAAGAUGUCCUUUACAAAAGUGACGCCUUGAGAGCGUUAAGUGAUAAUAUUGCAAAGCAACACUGACUAGUUUGAAUUUUGUUCUGUUUAGUUUUUCUUAUUUGUUUUCUUAUAUGUUGGCACAUAAACCAUCAUAAUUUACAAAUGUUACUUCAAAGCAUUUUAUGUUGUAAUGUGUGAUGAUAGUAUUUAUUGAAAUAAGAAUACCAGUUCUUAUAAAACAAGUUAAAAGCAUUUUUUAGUUUAUUUUCAUUUUUCCAGUAUCCCUCACCCAUGCGAAUUCGUUUCAUUGGAUACUCCAGCAAAGGAGUGAUUUGAAUUUAAACUGCAUUUCCAUUGAAAGUGCUUGUAGCUGACGGCCAUCUCAAUGCAGUCUGAGCAAAGAUUCCUCACGGUUUAAGUUCCUUUACUCCAAAGUGGUUUAAGUACCACACAUAUCUGUGAAUAUUUACACUGCUUAGAAUAUUUAUAACUUCCUCUAUUUUAUAACUUUUUCCACAAACUGCAUCCUUUAAGUCUUGCCUCACCAAAUUAUAACUUGUUACUCAAAAUAUUUGAGUUCCUCUGAAGAACAGUUUCAAGUUUGCAUUUUCAAACUAGCAAGUGUGCAUUUUGAGUUGUAGUACAUUUUCAUUCACAGUAUUUUCAAGAAUGAUUCUGCAGUUAAAAUUGUGAUUUGAAGACAACAUGUUCAUACUAAAAUCAUGCAGAAUUUGGUUUCCUUCCUCUGUUUUGCUAUGAGGCAUUUUACAGCAUAAAACUUCAGGAAAAAGAAAAAAACAACAUGCAGGAUCAAUAUUUUGCUCCAGAUCACUAAAAUGCCUCAUUACCAACCAAGAAAUCAUGUCGUGUUAAGACCAGUAUUCUACUGGUUAUUAUUUCUUGUUUGUUAAUUAAUGGUGCUACUAUAUGUAUACUAUGUAAUAUUGCCACUGAAGAAACAACCUGACUGAGACAAAUUUCUUUGGCAAUAAUGCUUCACUCUCAUGGGAAAUGCCUGGAAAUUGAAAUUUUGCCAUGCUAUCAGUUGUGUGUGCCUAAUUAUUGUCUCCUUUUUUUUUACUUGUUGAUUUUGUGAGGAUACAUGGUGAACCUAUCACAGACCUGCAAACAGGCAGGAAUGAGCUCUGGUCACUAUCUAUUCUUUACUCUUACGUUGUAAAAUAUAAAAACUUGUAUGUAAUAUGUUUCCAUUAUAUAUCAUAGAGAUGUAAAUAGAAUGUGCAAAUUGUUGAAGACAUGUGUAUUAUAUUAGAGACAUAACUUUUCGUAUUUUAAGGUUGGUCAAGAAUUGACAGACUAGGAGUCUCAAAAAAUCAGUAUGCCUUGAUUUUUGCGUUAUUGCGUAAAUUCGCAUUUUGCAAAAUAGUUCUGUAAAUUAUGUUUUUUAGAAAUAGGUUUUUAACAUAUGUAAAUAAAUGAAAGAUAAAGUUAUUGGUAAAUUA